AUGACGUUCAGCAAGGCGUCGCUUGACGAGAAGCUAUUCUCGCGCCCCUGGCCGGACGAGUGGCCUUUCCCGCCGCAAGCCUUCCGGCGGCAGGACGAGUCGGACGACGCCGACUUCUACGCCGUGCCUCGCUUCUGCUACCACAUCGACGAGGGCGCGGUGCGCGCGCUCACAAACUACUACGCGGAGAACAUCGCGCCCGGCGCCGCGAUCCUCGACAUAUGCAGCUCGUGGGUCUCCCACUACCCGGCCGACUUCCCAGACACGAUGGGCCGCAUCGCCGGCACCGGCAUGAACGUGCACGAGCUGCGGUGCAACGCGCAGCUGUCGGAGCACUCGCCGAGAGACCUGAACGCCGACCCGACGCUGCCGUACGAGGACGGCUCGUUCGACGUCGCCACGCCGCUCGAGGUAUUUCGCGAGGUGCGGCGCGUGCUCAAGCCCGGAGGCAAGUUCAUCCUCUCGCAAUAUGCGAUCGGCAUGUGGCUGGGGAUGGACGACCUGCAGCACUGCCUCGUCAUCGGCUCCUACUUCCACUACGCGGGCGGCUUCUCGCCCGCGCGCGCCUUCGACUGCAGCCCGACCGGCCCAGGCACCAACGACCCGCUUUUCGUGGUGGAGGCGACCAAGCUGUGA